CGCACUUCUAAGACAAAGGAAGAAAACCUAUCUCUUUAAAGAAACCAAAACACAACACGAAAACAACCAACAAACGGCAAACAUGGCGGCAACUGUAAAAAGCGCGUGGCCGAAAGCUGGCGCAUGGGCAUUAGAUUCCGAAGAACACGAAGAAGAACUCAACAAACAACAACAAGAAAACCCGACACAAGCAUACGGCAAAUCGUCAACAACAACAGCGGCGGCGAUGUCUGAUUUCCCAGAUUUGAUGACGGCGGCGGCUACAAAAACAAAAAAGAAAAAAGCCCAAACCGUUUCCUUAAGUGAAUUCGUUACUGGCAAAUCUAAUAAUAAUAAUACUUAUCAGGCUAAUAAGGGUUUGACCGUUGAAGAUAUGAUAAAUCUGCCGACCGGUCCAAGACAACGGACCGCUGAAGAGAUGGAACGGGCUAGGAGUAAUGGGUUUAGAUCUUAUGAUAGGAGUGAUUCUUCUUCUAGGUGGGGACCGGGUCAGGGUCAGGGUCGGGUUAAUGAUGAAGAUGGAGGUAGGGGACGGCCGGUUCGGGAACCGUUGGGCCCGUCUCGGGCCGAUGAGAAUGACGAUUGGGCCGCUACUAAGAAACCCGGAAGUGGGUUUGGAAGGAGAGAUAGUGGGGGUGGGUUUUUUGAUGGCACGCGGAAUUCACGUGCCGAUGAAGUGGAUAGUUGGGCGUCGAAUAAGAAAGAGGUUAGGAGAGGGAACGGGUUUGAUAGAGUGGAGAGGAAAACCGGGUUCGAGUCGAGUGGGGUUGCGGAUAGUGUCGAUACGUGGGCGAGGAAAAAAGAUGUGGAGGUGAAGCCACGUGGCGGUGGGAGUUCGUUUGAUAGUUUAAGAGAUAGGAGAAUUGGGAACGAAUCGUCGGAUUCGGAUACAUGGGGAAGGAAAAGGGAGGAAGUGAAUAAUAAUAAUGUGAGUUUGAAUAAUAGUAGGCCAAAGUUGAAUUUGCAGCCAAGGAAAUUGCCAGUUGGGGAAGUCGAGAUUGUGAAACCGAGUAAAGGGACUAAUCCGUUUGGAGAUGCUAGGCCAAGGGAAGAGGUGUUGAAGGAAAAGGGUGAGGAUUGGAAGGAAAUUGAUGAGAAGCUUGAGGCUACGAAAAUUAAAGAUUUGGGUUCUGGUGAUCGGUUUAAACGUGGUGGUGGGAAACCGAGGUCUAAUGAGGAUUCGACUGAGAGGACUUGGAGAAAGAACCAAACUGAAGCUGCUGCUGCUGCUGCUGAUGUUCCUCCUCCAAGUGGGGAGAACAGUGAAAAUGAACAACAUACAGAAGAACCUGAAGAAGAAAAGGAAGAUGCACAGAAGUAAUUGGAGAAACGGGCAGCUGAGUGAUAAGAAAUGGGAUUGAUGGCAAGUCUUGUUCUGUUCUUCCAUGUUUUUGUUGGUUCUGUUACAAGUUUUGAUAGACCUGAUGAUUAGUAGAGUGAUUUUUGUAGGACUAAAAAGCAUACUUGUGUUAACUUAUUAUGUUUUUUCUAUUUGUCGUUAUGACCUCAGUUUUGUUCGUGUUUUUCAUUCUUCAAACAUGAGUGCAUGUAUCAAACUUCUAAUUUAUUCAAGGACAUGUAUGUGCAUUCUUGAGUCA